CGAUUUUCGUUUUUGCAGCUCUGCCAUAGUGAGUGGUCGAUCCAGGUCUACAUAAAAAAAUAUAAAAACGUAAAAUUAACGCUAAUAGUUACGUGGGCAGUCAUUUUUGAGGAAAUAAACUCUCAAUAGCAGCGCAGCAGCAAGCCGGAAACAUGGGUGACGUCAUGAAUAUAGACAGCAUUAUAUCCCGACUGCUGGAGGUGCGUGGGGCACGGCCAGGCAAGAAUGUACAGCUCUCGGAGAACGAGAUCCGGGGCCUCUGCCUGAAGUCGCGUGAGAUCUUCCUCUCGCAGCCCAUCCUCUUGGAACUGGAGGCGCCGCUCAAGAUCUGCGGCGACAUUCACGGCCAGUACUAUGAUUUGCUGCGCCUCUUCGAGUACGGCGGCUUUCCCCCGGAGUCAAACUACCUGUUCCUGGGCGAUUACGUUGACCGCGGCAAGCAGUCGCUGGAGACCAUUUGCCUGCUCCUCGCCUACAAAAUCAAAUACUCGGAGAACUUCUUCCUACUGCGCGGCAACCACGAAUGCGCCAGCAUUAACCGCAUCUACGGCUUCUACGACGAGUGCAAGCGCCGCUACAGCAUCAAGCUAUGGAAGACGUUCACCGACUGCUUCAACUGCCUUCCGGUGGCGGCCAUUGUUGACGAAAAGAUCUUCUGCUGCCAUGGCGGCCUAAGCCCCGAUCUGACCUCGAUGGAGCAGAUCCGUCGGAUCAUGCGGCCCACCGACGUACCCGAUCAGGGUCUGCUGUGCGAUCUACUCUGGUCCGAUCCGGACAAGGACACUAUGGGCUGGGGAGAAAACGAUCGCGGCGUCAGCUUCACCUUCGGCGCCGAGGUGGUGGCCAAAUUCUUGCAGAAGCACGAGUUCGAUCUCAUCUGCCGCGCCCACCAGGUGGUCGAGGACGGUUACGAGUUUUUCGCGAAGCGCCAAUUGGUAACGCUCUUCUCGGCGCCCAACUAUUGUGGCGAGUUUGACAACGCCGGCGCUAUGAUGUCCGUGGACGACACGCUGAUGUGCUCGUUCCAGAUCUUGAAGCCGGCAGACAAACGUAAAAAGUAAUAUCACACAUAGCCCAACAACAAAAAACAGUCUUUUUUCUAUAUAACAAAAAAAACAAAACAAAACAAAACCGACACACUCAAGAAACAAAUCCGAAACACACUUACAACCAGAAAUAAAAUGCUUGAAACACAUCAGAUCAUGGAUGAAACCCGGGGCAAGUGAAAAUCUACAAUAACCGAAUCGGAAACCCAAACCCUAUCCCUAUACGACACCAACCUGGAUAAGAUGAUGCAUGAAGGGAGGGAGACGAGGACCCGCUGCAGAUGAAUGAAAUUUUAACCCAUUGAGAUUUUAUUCGCAAUUACAAGAUCCCAUUAACAAAUUCCAUGAUUAAAAGCAAACAUAUUUAUUUUUAAUAA